UCAGCUGACUUGCUGAGGACGUCAUCAGGGACAACCAUUGGAUUUCUCAAUCCAGAGAGAUGUAAUCAUCAAAAUGAAGAUAAAGUGCUGUUCAAUCAUCAUCACUUUAACCAGAAUAGCAUCAAAGAUAUGCCACAGCUCAUACAGAUCAAAGAGAAAAGGAUAUCUGAAGUUCGAAACGUCUGCAGCUAUGUAUCGCAGGUGUAUACAUCCUAUCCACAGGCAAACCCUCCUCCCAUUAUUGUGAAUGCUGAUUCCCUGGAUAGUGGACCUUAUGCUAAUGGAAGUGAUGGGAUGUACAAAUAUGAAGAAAUUAUCCUGGAACGUGGAAAUUCAGGCCUGGGGUUUAGCAUCGCUGGAGGAAUCGACAAUCCUCAUAUUCCAGACGAUCCAGGGAUCUUUAUUACGAAGAUCAUCCCUGGUGGGGCUGCUGCUAUGGAUGGACGACUUGGGGUCAAUGACUGCGUGCUACGAGUCAAUGAUGUGGAUGUCUCUGAAGUUGUUCACAGUAAAGCAGUGGAGGCACUGAAAGAUGCAGGACCUGUUGUCCGACUCUUAGUCCGCAGAAGGCAGCCAGCUACAGAGGCUAUAUUAGAAGUGAAUCUUUUAAAAGGACCCAAAGGCCUAGGUUUCAGUAUUGCUGGAGGGAUUGGAAAUCAGCACAUUCCUGGAGAUAACAGUAUCUAUAUAACCAAAAUCAUUGAAGGUGGAGCAGCCCAGAAAGAUGGUAGACUGCAAACAGGAGAUCGGCUACUUGCCGUCAAUAAUAUCAGCCUGCAGGAGGUGCGGCAUGAAGAAGCUGUGGCAGCUCUCAAGAACACUUCAGAUAUGGUCUAUUUGAAAGUUGCUAAACCUGGUGGCAGUCACCUUAAUGAUGUAUAUGCACCUCCUGACUAUGCUAGCACAUUUUCAACCCUCACAGAGAAUCAUGUGAACACUGGUAUGAGUUAUAUGGGUGGAGUUGAGAGCAAACCCACAUAUCCACUGCCAGCAAUCACGUCAGGCCGCUAUUCUCCAGUUCCUCGGCAUGUCAUGGGAGAUGACGACUUCACAAGAGAGCCAAGAAAGAUUGUUCUCCACAAAGGAUCAACGGGUUUAGGCUUUAACAUCGUCGGUGGCGAAGAUGGUGAAGGGAUCUUUGUUUCGUUCAUUCUGGCGGGUGGACCAGCGGACCUCAGUGGAGAGCUGCGAAGGGGAGAUCGGAUAUUAUCUGUAAAUGGUGUUAAUCUACGGAGUGCUACACAUGAGCAGGCAGCAGCUGCGCUGAAAAGAGCUGGUCAGACUGUGACUAUCGUAGCUCAGUACCGACCUGAAGAGUACAGUCGCUUUGAGUCCAAAAUCCAUGACCUUAGGGAACAGAUGAUGAACAGCAGUAUGAGUUCUGGAUCUGGCUCCCUGCGGACUAGUGAAAAACGAUCACUUUAUGUCCGAGCUCUCUUUGACUAUGAUAGAACCAAGGACAGUUGUCUGCCGAGCCAAGGACUGAGCUUCUUCUAUGGUGAUAUUUUACAUGUCAUUAAUGCCUCUGAUGAUGAAUGGUGGCAAGCACGACUUGUUACACCUCACGGUGAAAGUGAGCAGAUUGGUGUCAUUCCCAGCAAGAAACGAGUUGAGAAAAAAGAGAGGGCAAGAUUAAAAACGGUAAAAUUCCAUGCCCGUCCUGGAGUAAUUGAAAUGAAAGGGUCAUCGAGAACCAAGCGUAAAAAGAGCUUCCUCUUGUCUCGAAAGCUUGCCUUCUACAAGAGCAAAGAGAAUAUUGUGCAGGAGCACGCAGGUGACCAUGACCAGUGUAUGACAUCCAACACCAGUGACAGUGAAAGCAGCUCCAAGGGUCAAGAUGACACUGUUCUAUCCUAUGAAGCAGUAACACGCCUGGAGAUUCAUUAUGCUCGACCAAUAAUAAUUCUGGGACCAAUGAAGGACAGAAUCAAUGAUGACCUGAUCUCUGAAUUCCCAAAUAAGUUUGGUUCCUGUGUACCUCACACCACCAGAUCAAGACGUGAAAAUGAAAUUGAUGGGCAAGAUUACCAUUUUGUAACCUCCCGAGAGCAAAUGGAGAAAGACAUUCAGGAUAAUAAGUUCAUUGAAGCUGGGCAAUAUAAUGACAAUCUUUAUGGGACAAGCAUUCAGUCUGUUAGAGCUGUAGCUGAGAGAGGAAAACACUGCAUCCUUGAUGUGUCUGGGAAUGCAAUUAAGAGGUUACAGCUUGCACUACUUUAUUCUAUUGCUAUUUUCAUCAAACCAAAAUCUGUUCAAUCCCUCAUGGAAAUGAAUAAACGACAAACUGAAGAACAGGCAAACAAAACUUUUGAGAAAGCAUUGAAGCUGGAGCAGGAAUUUGGGGAGUAUUUCACAGCCAUUGUACAGGGAGAUUCAUUAGAGGAGAUAUACAACAAAAUUAAGCAAGUCAUUGAAGAACAGUCUGGUCCGUACAUCUGGAUUCCUUCAUCUGAAAAACUCUAAGCAUAUCCCAAUGUUUAGAGAGAAGAUGUUGAUGGGGGAAAUGUAUCCCCCUUUUAAGAUAUGUUGCAUAUCAAGUUUUAUCUUUCUCAUUAUGUUAUUAUGAAUCCUCACCGUCGCUGUGGCUGUUUCCAUACUGCAUGGUUUUUAUGGAAUUCCAUCAACAACAUGGAAAUGCACACCUGAGUAUUUUAAAGAACAUCUUCAGGAAACGGGACCAGGAUUGCAUUGACUUUGUAUGUUUGUAUUACCUGAAGAUCAGCUACGACAGUUUCAUAUGGACUAAGCUGUGGUUUUAAAGAACCAGUGUUCACAGGGUUAUCAGUACCAUUCCUCAAAAAUGAUCUUUCUGAAAUUUCCUAAUGCAGAUGGGUUUGAAAGGAGAAAAGAAACCACUCUACUCCUCUGUGAUUACUCAUAGCAGUGCUUUUAAAGACACAAAUUGUAUACAAUUCCUCACCUCAGGAGGAGGAGGAACAGAGUGAAUACUAGAAUUUAAAUCAUUGUGGUACUUUAGAUGAAAAUAUAACAUGAUAAUUUUCAACAUAUUAAAUUGCACAUUGUUUUACACAUCAAAAUAUGGUUGUCUGCAUGGACAUUUUACAUUUUUUGCUGUUUUUUUUUAUAAAGUUAUUUGAGUAAAAGCUGACAGAUGAUAAAGAAAUUGUAAGUUGCUCUGACUGCUAUUCACACAUGGCUUUGUAUGAAUGAAAUGGAAGAAAAUUGUGUCUUUGUCCAGAAUGCCCUUUUGUGAAAUCAACUGGAUUUAAUUUGAAUUUGUAGUGGUCUGGAAGCCCAUCUUCUAUAUCACUACCAAACUCAAAAUAAUUUUACAAAUACGAUCAUAGAUCUAAUCUACCUUUUUUUUGUUGAUACACAAUGUGAGUACUUUGUUCUUUUAAUGUAUUUAUAUACAAUUGUUGCACAAAGUUCUCUGGUAAGGGAACAAAGAUGGAACUUCUGUUUUGAAGUUCUCCAGAGUAAAAUUAGAACAACCUAUUAGAAAUUCUGUGUAAACAACUGGGCAGUUGUUUAACCAUAAAGCAUGAAGGAUUGUCAGUUUGGCUUUGUUCAAAGGUAGUCUUAGAUUUUUUUUUGAACUGGCAUUUAAAUUGGGCAGAUUUGAGUGCAUUCUUCUUAAAGCGCUAUGCCUAUUUUUACGCAGAAAAGUUUUGGUAUUUUAUUGGGGUGGGAUGUAAGCAGGAGACAGUAAUGUUACUCGUGAUGAAGACAAGUUAUUGAUGUUUGAAAUACAAUUAUAAAUUCUAAAUACAUGCCAGUCCCAUGAAUUAGAUGCACAUUUGGGCAUGGCAAUCAUUUUAAAUAGAAAAGCAAAUUUGAGAGUUCAUAAAACUCUACAGCUGCCAUACUUCCCCUUGCAAUUUGUUAGGUUUAUCUAUCUUUGGAACAUAUGACUGACUCCUGUCUGUCACAGACAUUGGUUUUAAACUUAAUCACAAUAACGACUGCUGCAAUCCAUAAGAUAUCAACAUUGCAUGUAAACUCUUAAUUAUACAUUUCUAGUGUAAAUAAUCAAGCUGAAACUUUGAUCAACAAAGUAAUUAACCAGUAGAUAUCCCCACAAGAUGACUGUGUCAACACAUAAGUGCAGUUAUACCAGGCCUUUCAUGUGGACUACCAUUUUAUGUUCAGCUGUUGUUACCUAUAAUAUAAAAUUCAUCUUCUAAUGGUAAUUAGAACAGUUCACACAGCAACAAAAUGGAUAGUAAAUAGGAUACAUCGCUGAAUUGACUGAAAGGAAGCCUUGCUGGCUUCCAUUUCAUUUAGUCCAACUUCAUGUAAUGACAGGCUUAGACCAAUGUGUAGUAAAUGAUUCAUAGUUAUGGGCAGAAAGGGAGAUCAAGUGCCUAUGUUGUAACACUGAAGGCCAUUCUGCAUUGGAUUCAUUCCCUUCUUAAUUGUACCACAGGAAUAUCUUUCAAAUGUUCCACUUUUGUGGUUGGGUUUUGCUUCCUUCCAGGUUUGCAGAUAACGGGCUAUGAUAUUUUAUUUUUAAUUAAACAUUUUUAAUUCUCAGGGUUUUCAGUGAAGUAACUUUGAUAAUUGGCCUAAACCAUGUCCACUAGAAUGCGGUUUGUGUGCCUAUCUAAUUAGGCAAUUAUUGUAUAUAGUAAUAGGAAUGACAUAGAUUGGAAUGCUGACUUGCACGCAGUGGAAGGAUACUUACCAAUAUAUUGCAGAUGAACUCCUAUCCAUUUUUCCUAUUUUUUUUCUGGUGGGGUGAAUAUUUUACUUCUAUCACAAAAUUUCCCAAAGUAAACCAGCAACCAAGCAGCAUCAUUAAAUAGUAUACAGUUUUCAACUACUGCGCCUAGUUUUUUAACUCAGUUAUAACUAUAUUUUCACAGUUGACAACUGCACAAUAUUAUUAAGUGAUUAACUCUGCCCAAUCACUAAUACAUAGUGAUCAACAAAAUGUUUAAAAAAAAUACUAGAUGCCAAUGUGGUAGAUCUCAGUGAAGUGAAAUGCAAUUUGUCCAAUGGAAAAAUCCAAAAGUUUAGUGUUAGAAUCAGAACUCUGAAAUUAGGGACCUUUGAUUUGCACUGAGUGUAAGUUGAUUCCACCCAGUGGCUAGUUAAAAUAAGCCCUGUGCUUGGACUUCUAGUGAUUCUGCUUAUUUAUCCCAAUUCAUUUUCCUUUAAAUAAAAGUUUUAAAUUUUGCUAUCUCAAUCAAUGAAAUUAGUAGUCAUUUUACUUUUAAAAUAUUUGUAGCCUGUGUUAAUUUAUCUGAGCAACAUGUUUUAAAAUUAUUUUGUCACAUUAAAACAAUGUAAAAGUUGCAUUUCACUGGUUAUUUUAAAUGUUAUAACCCCUGCAUUAUCAUUUUUCUGCAUAUUACAGGCCAGGCUGGAGGUUCUCCUGGUGACUUCUAUUGUGCAAAAUAUUUGGUCCUCAAAUUGUCAAUAUAAUGGUUACUAAAUUCAGUGGUAAUUGACUCUUCUACACUUUUACUAUCCAAAACCUCAUUCUGCAGCCAGGUUUGUAAUGCAAGUACUAAGUUCUAGAAGUUGCACUGUGUUAAGGUCUUUAAAAUUUCUUUGUGCAUUGUUUUAAGAAAAGUAUUAACUGUUUUUUAAAAUGGAAUUAGUCUAAUUUCUAAGCUAAAUUGUGCCGUAUACCUGCUGUCCAGUUCCAGUUGAUGAUUCUUGUCCAGUUAUACAUAUUAGAAAUCAGCCUGCACAUAUUAGUCCAGCAAGGCAACUGAAGAUUGUGGAUAGAGAAUGCUUAAAACAAGAAAAAUAAGUAUCAUAGUAAAAGUUAAAAAUAAAUUUUAGGGUAAUGAGAGGGCUAGCUGUUUUUAAUUGUUUGCUAUUCACAGUACAUGGUAUAAGAUGGAAUGGGGGGAGGGAAAUUCUAGUCUUUAAAAGAGAAUGUCUUUUUCAGUUAGUAUUUCCAUGUCUGGAAAUACUAACCCAAAAUUAUUAUAAGAUAAAUUGAGGAAAAUGUUUUCUGACUGAAGUUAUGAAGCUGGACAUUCUUACGUGCACCACACAGUAAGUACAAGCUGUAAAGUUUAUUUUAAAAAGUUUGCAAUACAAUUCCAAGGGGCAGUAAAUUGUUUUAACUGGUGUUUAAGCAUGAUUGCAAGGAUUUUUUUAAAACAGAAAAUGUUAUCAUUAUCAUUUAUCAAGACAUACAUUGGGAUUGGUUUAUUUGGCAAAUUUCCAAUAAACAAUUUCCAUAGUCUGUAGCUAUUAGAAAGAUGUUAGUGAUUUCAUCCCUGCUAAAUAGUUCUAGAGCCAGUCUAAAGUUUGUGACGAUUGCUUCAAAGGGCUAAAUUCUACACAGUCAAAGCAUUCUCAGACUUUAAAUUAUGAGGGAGAAUUUGGAAGAAAAAUUUAAUCAUAUGAACUCAGCAGUGAAAUGCUUAUAUCAAUAUGAUGUCUGCACACUCACUAAGUAACAAUUCUCUAUUGCUAUUUGUCAUUAUGUUAUUUAGGUUGGAAUUGGGGAAAAUACUGUAUAGAGAAUGUUACUAGUAUAGUUACAGCAUAAUAGGUCAUAUGGGCAUGAAAUAAAUAUGUGAAUACAUUUGAUCUAAGCAAUCAUGCCACUGGAAAUAAUGGAAAAAGCAAUGAAUAUUACUAGCAGACCAGAUUUUUUUUAAAUUACUGAGAGUUUGAAAGAACUAUGUAGACAAAAGAUCAUCUACUCUUCUUAGUACCUGUGAUAUAUUACUUACAUUUAGUCUUUGUAGUAAUGAAAAUUCACGUGGUAUCCAGGUGGAAUCACAUCAUUAGCAUUAAUUGACAAAUUAAUAGUCAAAUGGAUUAGCGUGCUACACGUGCAUAUAUUUGAAUAUGGUACUGAGGAUGACCUGCAGGGGCUUGCCUGCAGAUCAUUCAAUACGCAGACUUAUGUUCUGAUUGGCAAUCCAAAACGCAGGUAAAUUAAAUUUUGCCUUUAGUUGUUAUGUAUUCAUUUUAUGCCCAGCAAAAUAAAAGCUGCCGAAAAUGGUCUGCA